AUGUUGGCCGAGUGUCUCGUGGUUCGCUUGUCGGUUCCGAACGCUACGGCAUGGCCUUCAUGGCUGUGGCUGAGACGGCUCCUUUCAAUGCAAGCAACCGGUAGCAUGGGUAUCGGGAUAUUCGGGAGAUUGAUAGACUUGGAGAAGAAGGUCUGUGUGUGCGAACGAACUAAAACCCUACGACUAAAACAACACCUGCAGAACCACCGCAAGGAUCAUCAAUAUAAUGUCUCGAACCUCAUCCAGAAGCCAUUGGAGCAGCAUAAAAGAAUAUCCUGGAGUUUUCAAAAGGUUACAAAACGAAUAGCCCUCCGCCUCACUCAACCCAUCCCUUCCCUCCGUAACCCCCCGGACGCCAAUACCCUCUGCUUUAGCAUCCACUGCCGUAGCCACAUGACAGCUCCUCCCCAUCUGACACGUACAAUGCACAUGCUAUACCGUCAUACCUAUAUUUCUAGCAACUGUUACAAUUUGGUCGUUCGUCUGCAUGAUCGGCUUAGUGAGGUAUUCCAUCUACGAAAACUUGGAGCACGAGUUCGUAUGAUCGAUGAGCUAGCUUGUAUGGAUGAGCGGAGCGACGGGAGGUUGCAUGUUGACGCCCGUCUUUCGGUAGCUCGAGAACAGGCUCCAGUAUUUUUCAACGAACUAGUCGCUUGUAAUGUAGAGCUGCUAAUCCGUAGGAAAACUUCAAGAUGCGUGAUUAUCAUUACUUUGCUUUGGCAAACCCAACGCGUGGCGAUCUUGAGGCCAAUGCCAGGGCGCCCCUAA